UUACCCCGCACUACUGAAAGUGGUUUAGUGUGCGCAGGCCUGUUUCGACACUACACAUACGAAACACAAUAGAAGCAUGAACGACUGAAAGAAUGAAUCAAUCGGCAGCACAGCGCUUGAUAUAGACUUCCAUGUGGAAUUGUGUUAAAGAUGGAUGAUAAAGAUGUUAGUGGGGUAUGACCUUAGUUUUACGAUAAUAGAGGUCGAUAAACAAGGCACUUUUCAUUAUAGACUGCAGCAUUAUGUGAACAAGCAUCGACAUGCUCAACUCGGCACGAGGACCAGGGACCCCUCGACUCCACAGUCAAGUCGCAAGCUACAAGAACCGGAUAGCGAAACGGCCAAGAUAGUACAGAACCUGAUAUUGAUAAGCCAUCAUUGGCUCACAUGGAAGUAUUGUGGUUCAACAAACCUGUCGUCGAGAUACCAUCAUGCACGUCAUAAUGACUCCGGGACCUCCCGCCCCGUUCUAUGAUUGCGGACAAAACCUCACAUCUCCUGACUCGUCCCUGCCCAACCUCUCAACAAUUGAGGUACAUUCCAAGACAACCACCAUGUCUCCAAGCGCUCAAGCACCGCCAACCAUAAUCUCCGCCUCGCAAACCCCCGAAGA